AGUCGAGUAAUUGCGAUUGUUCGUUCCAUUCCGUUCAGGAGUUUCUAGGGGUUUUAUUUACGGUAUCAUCUCACUUUUCUGAUCUUCGUGACCUGGUUUCCAUUAGUUAAAAUGGAGAAAAUCCGAAGAGCAUCUCAUGCUGGAUCAUGGUACUCUGAUAACCCAAGCAAACUGGGAGAAGAGCUUGAUGGUUGGCUGAGAGCAACUGGUUUGACUAAAUCUCCCGAUGUAAGAGGUGUAAUCGCCCCCCAUGCAGGUUAUUCAUAUUCAGGUCGGGCAGCAGCCUUUGCAUUUGGCAACAUAGAUCCAACGAACAUUUCUCGGGUGUUCCUUCUUGGGCCAUCUCACCAUUAUUACACUCCAAGAUGUGCUCUUUCAAGAGCCACGGUUUAUAAGACUCCUGUGGGUGACCUGCGAAUUGAUUUGGAAGUCAGCGAAGAGCUACAGGCCACAGGGAAGUUUGAAGUCAUGGAUCUUCGUGUAGAUGAAGCAGAACAUAGCAUGGAGAUGCAUUUGCCGUAUCUUGCCAAAGUAUUUCAUGGGUAUGAGGUCAAAAUCGUACCCAUUUUGGUUGGGGCACUUAAUUCAGAAAAUGAAGCCAUGUUUGGACGGUUGCUUGCCAAAUAUGUUGAUGACCCAACGAAUUUCUUUUCUGUUUCCUCAGACUUUUGCCACUGGGGAUCUCGGUUCAAUUACAUGCAUUAUGACCGGAAACAUGGGCCGAUCCAUAAGUCUGUUGAAGCUUUGGAUAGGAUGGGGAUGGAUAUCAUUGAAACGGGAGACCCAGAUGCAUUCAAACGGUAUCUGUCAGAGUUCGACAACACCAUUUGCGGUCGCCACCCUAUUAGCGUUUUCCUCCAUAUGUUGAAGAACUGCUCAACAAAGAUGAAGAUUAAUUUCCUACGAUAUGAACAAUCCAGCCAAUGCAAAACCAUGAGAGAUAGUAGUGUAAGUUAUGCUUCUGCAGCAGCAAAGGUUGAUACCUGAAGCCA